GCAUAUGAGAAAGAAUCUCCUUCUCUUUCCUCUAUAAAAACCCCCACACAAUUUUACCAGCCAAAACUCCAACUACCAUUCCGCAUCUAAUUAUAAAACGCCGCAGACACAAACACACAAAUACAAACCUCCACAACAUGAGUAGUAGUAGUGAUCCUUCACAUACUCCCCUUGACAACCAUAAGCCUGUUGAAAUUGAAAUAGCUGAUUCAGACUUUGUUGUAAUCUUAGCUGCACUACUCUGCGGCCUAAUCUGCGUGCUCGGCCUUGUUGCUGUGGCGCGCUGCGCUUGGAUCCGAAGGAUUACUGCGGGAGAUUCAUAUGUUCCUCAAUCUGGUUCUUCUUCUUCUCCUCCUGUGAAUAAAGGUUUGAAGAAGAAGGUGAUCAAAUCACUACCAAAGUUUAGUUACACUCGAGAGAAAUCUGUGAAAUUUUCUGAAUGUGCAAUUUGUUUGAUGGAGUUUAUCAUUGGUGACGAAAUCCGAGUGCUGCCACAGUGCGGCCACGGAUUUCACGUUGGAUGUAUCGAUACAUGGUUAGGAUCACACUCUUCAUGCCCAUCUUGUCGACAGAUUCCGGUGGUUUCGAGGUGUCAUAAGUGCGGUGAGCUGCCGGUGACAAUAUCACCGGCCGCUCCUGCUGUCUUAGGUGAGACAGGGAACCAAUCGGCUCCCAAUGAGUAUCAUGUAAAUGCAUUUUUACCUUAGAAAGUAGUAAAAUUAGGUGGAUAGAUCAGUUACGUGUUGCCGGUGGAAGGUGACAGGUAUUUGAUGAAAUUAGUCGAGGUGCAUGCAAGCUGAUCCAGUCAAUAUGAACGUUAAGCUAGGUGUAUAGAUUAUUCAAGUAUGUGUAUGGCGUCAUUUCCUAAGUCACUUACAAUUUUUUUUUAAAGUUUUGUGUCUUCUUUAUCAUAGAUCUUCAUUUUUUUACCUAUAAGAUCUAUUCAAUUUGUAAGUGAUCAAGCGAUUUAAUUUCCACCAGCAAAGUUAAGUAAUAAAACAUUUUUCCAGUUUUCUUCUA